UUUGUCAAUUUCAUGUUUUUAAUAAGUUCGCAUUGAAUAAAAGAGAGAUGGAGGCUCCUCAAGAGGAAGUGAUGGGUGGAGUCUCUAAGGGCAAACGCACUAAACGUGUUAGGCCUCAAUCUCUAAUCACUUUCAUGACCAUCAAUAAUGCACAUUCAUCAUCAACCGGCGACGCAAACGUCGAUGGCACGGUUAAUGGAGAAGAAGUCAACGACGACGACGACAACAAUAAUAAUGAUUCUAGUCCACCUCCUACCACUUCGGACGAAAACAUCCCUGAUGAUGAUGUCCCCACGGAGGAAGAAGAAGAAACCGCCAAGUGUCUCAUCCUCUUAUCCCAAGGUGGUCAUCAUCAUCAUCAUCGUCGUCAUCAGACCCCACCUAAAAAGUUCUUUGAUCUCUUCAAUGAUGACAUGGGGUUGUACCAAACAAAAUUCAAUAGCAAGAGGUAUGUGGAGACAACCGACCUAGGGAAUGGUGCCAAAGCCGGUACAUACGUGUACGAAUGCAAGACAUGUAACCGGACAUUCUCAUCAUUUCAAGCACUAGGUGGACACAGAGCAAGUCAUAAAAAACCUAAGCCAUUAACAAUCGAACCGAAAAAACAUCCAUUCUUCUACUUUUCAGACCAAGACGAAUCCUCACCACCAACAACAACAACAACAAAUUACAAAUACAACAACAAAUUAUCACCAACAUUAUCUCCUCUUUCAUCCCAAUUCAACAAUAUCAAUAUGGAAAGUACUCCAAAUUACAACAAAUCACCAUCUCCAAGAAUCCAUACAUGUUCAUAUUGUGGUGCAGAAUUUACCUCAGGACAAGCAUUAGGUGGUCACAUGAGAAGACAUAGAGGGGGUGCUAAUACUAACAAUACAAUUUUGUGUUUAAGCCCUUUAAGUAUUGAUCAAGAAUAUGCUAAUUAUAAUUUGAAGAAACCAAGAAAUGGAUUAUCAUUAGAUCUUAAUCUUCCAGCACCACAAGAUUAUCAAAAUCAAUCAAGAAAUCUUCAACAUCCACCAAAAUAUCCUCAAGAACAAGCACAAAAGCAACAACAAGAACAAGAACAAGAACAACAACAAACAACACUUGUUUUAUCCACCACCCCACAACUUAUUGAUUGUCAUUAUUGA